CUCAUCAUGGAAUUAUCCCUCACAUCCCUUAUCCUCUUCCUCCUCCUCUCCCUCCUCCCCUUCCUCCUCAAGAGAAAACCCCACUCCACCACCUACAUCCUCAACUACGAGUGCUACAAACCCUCCGAAUCCCUCAAGCUCGACACCUCGGCCUCGUGCAAGGUCGUCCUCCGCAACCCGAACCUCGGGUGGGAGCAGUACAAAUUCCUCCUCAAGACCAUGGUCAGCUCCGGCCUGGGCGAGGAGACCUACAGCCCUCCCAGCGUCGUCGCGGGAAGAGAAGCCGACCCCUCCCUCCCCGACUCCCUCCAAGAACUCGACCACAUCUUCUACCAAACCCUAGACAACCUCUUCGCCAAAUCCAGAGUCUCUCCUCAGGAAAUCGACAUCCUCGUCGUGAACGUCUCCUUGCUAUCCCCCUCGCCCUCGCUGUCGUCGAGAAUCAUCAACCGGUAUAAGAUGCGGCCUGAUGUCAAGGCGUUUAACCUCUCCGGGAUGGGCUGCAGUGCUAGCCUCGUUGCGGUUGACCUUGUUCGCCACAUGUUUAAGGUUUAUGGGAAUGCGCUCGCUGUCGUCGUCAGCACCGAGUCCCUCGGCCCCAAUUGGUAUCGUGGCGUGGACAAAUCUAUGAUGCUCUCGAACUGCCUAUUCCGAUCCGGCGGCUGCUCCAUGCUUCUGACGAACCGGUCAGAAUUCCGUGAUCGAGCCAUCUUCAAACUCAACCAUUUGGUAAGAACGCACUUCGGAGCCAACGACGAAGCGCACAACUGCUGCAUACAGGUCGAAGAUGACGAAGGCUACCCCGGUUUUCGACUGACGAAGAAGCUUACCACAGCAGCCUCAAAGGUGUUUGUUAUCAAUCUCAAAGUUCUGUUGCCGAAGAUCUUGCCGCCAUGGGAGAUUAUCCGGUUCGUUUUUGUUUAUCUCCGGUCGGGCAAGAAGAAGAAGAAGCAGCUUAUGGAAGCCCUCGGCGGCGCCGGCGGCCUUAAUCUCAAGUCCGGUGUUGAUCAUUUCUGCAUUCACCCUGGUGGCAGGGCUGUGAUCGAUGGAGUCGGGAAGAGUCUCGGGCUCAGCGAAUACGACCUUGAGCCAGCCCGGAUGGCGCUCCACCGCUUCGGCAACACCUCGGCCGGCGGGCUGUGGUACGUGCUCGGGUACAUGGAGGCGAAGAAGCGGCUGAAGAAGGGCGACCGGAUCAUGAUGAUCAGCUUCGGAGCUGGCUUCAAGUGCAACAAUUGUUUGUGGGAAGUUCUCCGAGACUUGGACGAUCCGAAUGUGUGGGAAGAUUGCAUCCAUCGAUACCCUCCUAAGAGCCUCGCGAACCCCUUCACUGAGAAGUACGGUUGGAUCAACGAUGAGUGCCUCAGCUUCGUUCGGAUUAAGGAUUGUGUGUUUUCGAGUUGUGCUUCUUGAUUUUGUCGUUGGGUUGUUUGGAUUGAGGGUUUUGGUUGAGGAUUGUUUGUACUAAGAAGGUCGUAACAUGUGGCAUUAUAAUUGUAGUUGAAAAUAAAUGUUUUGAGUUAUUUAUCUAGUAAUAAUGUUGUGAUGUUGAUUCGUUGAAGAAGAUUAGGGUGUAUAAACAUAUU